AUGUUCCAGCCAAUUAACUUGGUGGUGGUGCAAUUGACUAAUCGACAGAGGGAUUUACACAAUGACGGGAGGCACACUGAUUGGUUCUUUCCCGUAUAUCUGUCGACUUUGAUUCUAAAUAAAGAUAUGCAACCUCUGCACCAUGAACAUAUCGUCACAUCAUUUUUCGGACAUGACAGAUACACUGGUGCGAUUGAUGCAUGCCAGAGGAUUUACAUGCCUUUCAAUUACAGAGGAGUGCAUUGGUUGUGCGUUAAAAUUGAUAUGGUGGACCGUGUAGCCUACCUAUUCGACUCAGUCCCAUCCAACCGACCGAACAAAAGGAAGCUAAAUGCAGCUAAAAUUUUGGUUGAAACUAUGCACGACUUGCUGCAACUACACUUUGGAAAUGAUUAUGUUACAGACGUGCGUACCUUCCACCGCUGCAUGUUAGACGAGAGGCCAGUACAACAACUGGACGACACGUUUGACUGUGGGAUGUUCGUCAUCAAAUUCAUGCAGCAACCUGAUUUAAGCCCCGGUCCACACAAGUUCGCUCCCUCUGUGCGUCAUAAGUUGUUGGUUGACAUCGUUAUGGAUGUCAAUAAUGCAAAGAUCGCAGAGUACCGGGACUGCCUUCAUAUGAGCAAUGCCACAAGCUAGGCCAGUGAUGGGAAUGGGCUGCCAGUACGCCACUAAUUUGGGUGGCAAUAGGACUUUAACUAAUUUUUUAUUCUUUGAUUUCAAUAUGGAUGUUAAUUAUGGGUCCCCAGUAUUGUUUUUGCUGGAUGAUGUAAAUAUGGACCAAUUGCAAAGUGCAAGUCAAAUGUAAACAUGGAUCAAACAUGUCGACGUGGCUGCUGACUUAGUACUAUUUUCUUUACGCAUGUUUCUUGUUCGGAUGAAUGCGACUGUAACUGUAUAUAAUUUACGGCUGCUUUUGUUACCGAAGUUAAUUUAUAAUUUAAUUACAAAAAAGGGAAAAUUAAUUUUCAAAAAUGAAAGAAACCACAUUAUGAAUGAAAACUCAAUACUCUUCGUAGGUAAGUUAUAUAUCAGCCCAUUAGCACAUAUGACUCCAGCCAAAAAAAAACUUUCAUGGCUUACAGGGAAGGAUAAAAAAAAAAAUAAAUCAAAUCUACAUAUCUGCUGCAUCAUCAGCAGCGUCUUCUGAAGAGUUGUCCGUACUGUCUGACUGACUGUCCUCAUCCAUUGUCUUAUCAGA